AUGAUUUUCAAAUCUUUAUUACCGGAUAUUGAAAUUCCUGCAAUGGGAAUUUAUCAAUAUGUUACAAGUAAUCCGAAUGGAAUUAGCGAUGAUAAAGUAAUAUUCACCGACGGUAUAACUGACAAAAAAUUAACUUAUGGUGAACUUAAAAGUAACUCAAAGAAAUUGGCAGCAGGAUUAAUUGAUAAAGCAGGAUUUAAACGUGGCGAUGUAUUAGCAAUUAUUUCUCCAAAUCAGGUCGAUUACGCGAUUGUUUCAUUCGGAACAAUUGUAGCAGGUGGAAUUGUGACUUUUGUUAACCCUAUGUAUACAGUUGAUGAGCUUACCUACCAAUUAAAAGAUUCGGGUGCAAAAUAUAUUAUUGCAUUUCCAUUACUUCUCUCAAACGUGAUUAAAGCGGCAGCUGCAGCAAAUAUUCAUGAAUCAAACAUAUUUUUAUUUGGUGAUGCAGAAAUUAAUGGAAUUAAACCUUAUUCUUCACUUAUUUCUGAAAAGGAAGCAAAUCCAAUUGAAUAUUCACAAGAAGAGGCAAAAUCAACAACGGCAUAUUUAUGCUAUAGUUCUGGUACAACAGGGAAGAGUAAAGGGGUUGAAACAACUCAUUAUAAUAUUGUAGCUAAUUUGUCUCAAAUUUACGCUCACGAAGAUGAUGUUAAUUCUGAUGCUAUUUAUCUUGGUUUAUUACCUUUCUUUCAUAUUUAUGGAUUAAGUUGUAUCAUUCAUUUCCCAAUUAUUAAAGGAGCAUCAGUUAUUGUAAUUCCAAAAUAUGAAUUGUCAACAUUUUGUAGAAUUAUUCAAGAUUAUAGUGUUAAUAGAAUCACGGUUGUACCUCCAAUAAUAUUAUCAUUAGUUAAGGAUCCAAUUGUUAAAAAUUAUGAUUUGUCAAGUUUACUAGUAUGUUUAUGUGCCGCCGCUCCUUUAAGUAAAGAAUUAUCCGAUGAAUUCACCAAAAUAUAUAAUGUACCUAUUAUACAAGGAUAUGGUUUGACUGAAGCUUCUCCUGCAACUCAUCUCGCUAAAAUUGAUAAUAUCGUUCCUGGUUCUGUUGGAAAACUAAUUUCAAAUUUGGAAAGCAAGAUUCUUUCUGAAGACGGAAAAGAACUUGGAGUUGAUCAACCUGGAGAACUUUGUGUUCGUGGUCCAAAUAUCAUGAAAGGUUACCUUAAUAACAAAGAAGCUACUGAUGCGUGUAUUGAUGGCGAGGGGUGGUUACAUACCGGUGAUAUAGUAACUGUUGAUAAAUUUGGAAAUUUUUACCUUAUAGAUCGUGCCAAAGAAUUAAUUAAAUACAAAGGUUUCCAAGUUCCACCUGCCGAAUUAGAAUCAAUCUUACUUACUCAUACAUCAAUCGCUGAUGCUGCUGUAAUUGGUGUUUAUUCUGAAGAACAUGCGACCGAAUAUCCGACUGCUUAUGUCAAAUUACAACCAAAUGUCCCUCAAUCUGAUCAGUUAAAGAAGGAAAUUGAAGAUUUUAUUGCUCAAAAAGUUGCAAAUUAUAAAAGAUUACGUGGCGGUGUUUUAUUUAUUGAUCAAAUUCCUAAAAGUACUUCUGGUAAAAUUUUGAGGAGAUCAUUAAGAGAUAGGAUUAAGACUGAACACCCUUUUUAUGCAAAUAAUGUUGGGUGA